GGGGGGAGGGGGAGGAGGAGACGCACCAGGCGCCGCCCGCUCGAGCGAAAAGCGAACGGACAUUCGCCGGUCUGAGGCUGCCCUCGCCGGAUAUCCACGAUGGAGGACGUGCAGACACCAGCAUCGGAGGAGACGUCUGGGCAGGGCCUGGGGUCCGUGCUGGUGGUCAAUCCCGACGUCCCGGCGCCCGCUCCCGUGCCCAAGGCCGGAGUCGACAAGCCCUUCUCGUGCCCAGGCUGCGGCCUGGGUUUCCGCCGGGCCUCCAACAUGGCACGGCACCGGUGCCGUCGGGACGGGGAGCGGCCGUACCCGUGUGGGGACUGCGCCCGGGCCUUCAACUACCCCUCGGAGCUGGCCAUCCACCGGCGCAGCCACACCCGGGAGCGGCCCUUCAUCUGCUCAGCCUGCGGCAAGGGCUUCCUGUACUCCUCCAACCUGCUGACCCACCAGCGGGUGCACACUGGCGAGCGGCCCUUCGCCUGCCCGCUCUGCGGCAAGGGCUUCACCCGCUCCUCCAGCCUGGCCGCCCACCAGCGGGUGCACUCGGACGAGCGGCCGUACCCGUGCGACGGGUGCCAGCGCCGCUUCAAGAGUGAGAAGGAGCUGCGGAUCCACCAGCGGCUGCACCAGGGUGAGCGCCCGUUCCCCUGCGGUGUCUGCGGCAAGGGCUUCACCCAGCUGGCAGUGCUGCUGGCCCACCAGCGGGCGCACACCGGCGAGCGGCCCUUCGCCUGCUCGCUGUGCGGCAAGGCCUUUGCCCGCUCCUCCAGCCUGACCGCCCACGCCGGCGUCCACUCGGACGAGCGGCCCUUCCCCUGCGAGCUCUGUCAGAAGCGCUUCAAGAGCUCCAAGGAGCUGAAGGUGCACCGGCAGGUCCACUCCGAGGAGCGUCCCUACCCGUGCGGGGUGUGCGGCGAGCGCUUCCGCCAGGCUCGGAACCUGCAGGCGCACCGCCGCACCCACACCGGCGAGCGGCCCUUCGCCUGCUCCCUGUGCGCCAAGCGCUUCGCCCGGUCCUCCAGCCUGCUGGCCCACCAGCGGGUCCACUCCGACGACCGGCCCUUCCCCUGCCCCGAGUGCCCCAAGCGCUUCAAGAGCGCCCGGGAGCUGGCCACCCACCGGCGGGUGCACAGCGGCGAGAGGCCCUACCCCUGCCCGGUCUGCCCGCGCCGCUUCACCCAGCCCUCCAUCCUGCAGACCCACCGGCGGGUCCACACCGGCGAGAGGCCGUACGCGUGCCCAGUCUGCCCCCGGCGCUUCAUCUGUGCCUCCUCGCUGCUGAACCACCGCCGGGUGCACACCCGCGAGCGCCCCUUCCCCUGCCCCGUCUGCGGCAAGUGCUUCCGACAGUCGGCCAACCUGCAAACCCACCGGCGGCUCCACCUCUGACCUGUCGGGGGCGCCACUUCUUCACCCAGCCCUCCAUCCUGCAGUUACCCCUGUGACCUGUGGGGGGCGCCACCUCUUCACCCAGCCUUCCAUCCUGCAGUUACCCCUGUGACCUGUGGGGGGCGCCACUUCUUCACCCAGCCCUCCAUCCUGCAGUUACCCCUGUGACCUGUGGGGGGCGCCACCUCUUCACCCAGCCCUCCAUCCUGCAGUUACCCCUGUGACCUGUGGGGGGCGCCACCUCUUCACCCAGCCCUCCAUCCUGCAGUUACCUUCCUGACCUGUGGGAGGCGCCACCUCUUCACCCGGCCCUCCAUCCUGCAGUUACCCCCCUGACCUGUAGGGGGCGCCACCUCUUCACCCAGCCCUCCAUCCUGCAGUUACCCCUGUGACCUGUGGGGGGCGCCACUUCUUCACCCAGCCCUCCAUCCUGCAGUUACCCCUGUGACCUGUGGGGGGCGCCACCUCUUCACCCAGCCCUCCAUCCUGCAGUUACCCCUGUGACCUGUGGGGGGCGCCACGUCUUCACCCAGCCCUCCAUCCUGCAGUUACCUUCCUGACCUGUGGGAGGCGCCACCUCUUCACCCGGCCCUCCAUCCUGCAGUUACCCCCCUGACCUGUAGGGGGCGCCACCUCUUCACCCAGCCCUCCAUCCUGCAGUUACCCCUGUGACCUGUGGGGGUAGCCACCUCUUCACCCAGCCCUCUAUCCUGCAGUUACCCCUGUGACCUGUAGGGGGCACCACCUCUUCACACAGCCCUCCAUCCUGCAGUUACCCCUGUGACCUGUGGGGGGCGCCACCUCUUCACCUAGCCCUCCAUCCUGCAGUUACCCCCCUGACCUGUAGGGGGCGCCACCUCUUCACCCAGCCCUCCAUCCUGCAGUUAUCCCCCUGACCUGUGCGAGGCGCCACCUCUUCACCCAGCCCCCCAUCCUGCAGUUACCCACCUGACCUGUGGGAGGAGCCCUCUCUUCACCCAGCCCCCCAUCCUGCAGUUACCCCCUGUGACCUGUGGGAGAAGCCCUCUCUUCACCCAGCCCCCCAUCCUGCAGUUACCCACCUGACCUGUGGGGGGCGCCACCUCUUCACCCAGCCCUCCGUCCUGCAGUUACCCCCCCGACCUGUGGGAGGUGCUCCUGUGCACUAAAGCAUCCUGCUUUCCUGCCAGCCCCUCCUGUCUUGUUAGCUCUUGGCUUGGUGGGACAGGAGGGGCAAGUCCCGACAAGGGGGUCUGUCCGGGAAUGGGUGGGGAUGAGUGGGAUAGGAGGGGCAAAUCCCGACAAGGAGGUCUGUCUGGGAAUGGGUGGGGAUGAGUGGGAUAGGAGGGGCAAAUCCCGACAAGGGGGUCUGUCCGGGAAUGGGUGGAGAUGAGUGGGAUAGGAGGGGCAAAUCCCGAAAAGGGGGUCUGUCCGGGAAUGGGUGGGGAUGAGUGGGACAGGAGGGGCAAAUCCCGACAAGGGGGUCUGUCCGGGAAUGGGUGGGGAGGCCAGGCAAUAAGGUCAGAGAUAUGGGAUGGGGAGCAUGGAGACAGUGAGGCGGGGGGGGGUGAGGUGAAGACUGUGGUUUGUAGAUACCUCAGUGCAGUGUGGGCUGAACAGGAGGCCAUUCAGCCCCUCCCUCCUCCGGGCUGUUACCCAGGAACAGGAGGCCAUUCAGCCCCUCCCUCCUCCGGGCUGCUAUCCAAGUGCGGGGGCGUUAGUUAACGAUUGAGUGAGUCGAGGAUGAGGAGGGGGACUAAUGGAGUGAAUGAAAUGUUUUGACGUGACCCAACGGGGCUGAUGGCCUGGCCCAGAAACCGGACCCAGCAACGCGGAGCCUAGCUUCAAAGGCAAGCGAUUCCAAAGGCCUCCUGGGUCAAAAGCUGGGGGUUUAGGCUGGGGGGGUUGGGGGUGGCCGAGUCUGCUCUCUUCCUGAAGAAGGGCUCAUGCCCGAAACGUCAAUUCUCCUGCUCCUCGGAUGCUGCCUGACCUGCUGCGCUUUUCCAGCACCUCUCUCAUCGAGACUCUGUUGAAGAGCCAGCCCAGAAAUGAUGGGGUGAAUGGCCUCCUGUAUACAUUCUGUCUGUCGCAGCAGUGUGUACCCUCUACAGGACGCCCUGCAGACACUCCCCAAGGCUCCUUCCCAAAACCCCCCCACGGCCACAUCCAUCCUGGAGGACAGGGGGUGGGGGGGGCAGAUACACAGGAACACCAGCCCCCCACCUCCUGCGUGUUCACCCCCCCUCCCCAUCCCGACUGGGCCCGUUCCUUCCUGGGGCUGAAUCCUGGAGCUCCCUCCCUGAGGGAGACGGUGGGUCUCACCCUCCAGCACGGGACAAGGGGGCAGCCCACCCACCACCUCAAGGGGGGGCAACUAGGGACGGGAUGGUAAAUGCUGGGGCCAGGCAGUGACACGUGCUGCCAGUGUUUCGGCUGCUAGCAGUAUCUGACCCCAACGAGGAACCAGCCUUGAGCUGAAAUGAUCGAAUCCGAGAUUGAGAAUAGCUCCAGAGAGGCGUCCGGCAAGUCUGUGUCUCACAAUGUGGGUUUUUCAAAAAGAAAUAUGUAUUCCUGAGCAUUAAACCGAUUGUUUAGUCUUGUGUCUCUAUCUAAAGUAAGAUUGUGCUGCGUUUUCUGACUGUAGAACAUCUGGAAAACCUAUUAAACAUGAGAUAAAGAGAGAA